AUGGAUGUAGAUGAGGAGAUUAUCGACAUUGGCAGCGACGAAGAAAAGCAAGAGUUGCAAAGACUAGCAAUGAGCGAGCCAUCACAGCCGCAAUCAAGCGACAUCAAGCAAGCUGAACCCACAGAGCAAGACACAUGGACCGCGCCAGCACCACCCGCCAGUGACAACUUGGAUAUGGAUGACGAAUCUCGCAAACUGAUUGAACAGAUGCUAGCAGAAGAAGCGUACUUUUACGGCAGAGAUACCAUCAGCACUUUGAAGCAGCAAUCUGCGCCCAAGAAGAAGCGCAAAUCACCAAUCAAAGACAAAGACUACGACUUUGAGCAUGAUACAUCUACAGCAACGACAAGCACAUACACAAAAAAAUCUCGAAAAGAAGGAGCCAUUUUAUCGUCUGCAUCAUUACCCUCUCACAAAACACGGUGGAAUGAGGAAGAGGAUGAUUUGUUAAAAGAGGCAUUGAUCAAGUACGGUUAUGGCAACUGGAGACUCAUCUCUGAGCAUGUCAAGACGAGGAAUCCGCUACAAUGCAAGAACCAUGCCAGACAUUUACAGCAAUAUGACAAGAUUGAUAGCUCCAUACUACAGCCUUCCACAUCAAUACAGUCUCCCUCUCCAGCACCACAGCAGCAGAAACCAGACAAGGCAGAGACUGAAGAGAUACAGAUAGAGCAACAGGAAGCAGCGUUGUCAGAGGAUGAUUUCUCAAUUGAAAGUGAUGAGGAAGAGCCACCCAUGGCUGUCAAAGAAGAGCAACCAGAUAUACCCAAACAGGAACCCGAGGAACCUGCAAGAUCAGAAACACCCACUAUUACUACUACGACUCCACCUAAUACAGCAACGAUCAAAACGGAUCAAGAUGAGAUGACGAACGAUACCCAGGCACCUACAGCACCUACAGCACCUACAGCACCUACAGCACCACACAUCCACCAAUCAGAAGCGAUCCAAUUUUCCCCAUUUGAGGUAUCAGAACAAGAAAUGGCUCACAAUCCAGAAUGGUUCAAGCAGAAAUACAGCAAGACACCAGACCGUUACCUCAAAAUACGAAAUCACAUGUUGGCAUGUUGGAAGUUAGUCAAACCUAAAUACCUCACCAAGACAAGCGCCCGCAAAGGCCUCAAAGACUGUGGUGAUGUGAAUGCGAUAGGCAGAGUGCAUGAGUAUCUUGAAUCAAUUGGCGCCAUCAAUGUGGAUUGUGUUACAAGUGCACCGCGACCUCCUCGACGGGUCCCGCGUGAGUGGAAUGGCCAGGGCGAUGACGAGGAGCAGAUAUUGUUUGAUGCCAUGGAGGAUGCAUCUGGUAAUGUUGUAGGUUACGAUGGGCCUAGAAAACGCAAGGUGCGAAAUGAAGCUGGAGAAUGGGUGGACCCAAAGGAAUUGGAAGGACGAGUCAUUGAACAUGGUCAAGUGAUUGUUAGACUAGAUUCAAAACCGACACGUACGGUAAAGCGAUUAUCUCAUCACUACUACGGAGGCGACGAUUUUGGAAGAGGCUACGAUCCCUUUAGAUUAGUGCCAACAGAGCACUAUACGGAGGAUAAUCCAGCACCCUUUGAACUCGAAAUAUCCAGCGAUUGCUUGCUGGUGAUGGAUUUCCAUUCGCAUUUAGCGCACACAGAGAUCAUUGGCUUAUUGGGCGGUAACUUUAUCACAAGGGGUGAAUCCAAGAUUCUGCAAGUGAAAGUCGUGUUUCCAUGUCAGAGUACGAGUACCGGUAUUCAGUGCGAAAUGGAUCCAGCGUCAGAGAUGCAAGCCCGUGAAGUGUUUGCAGCGAAGGGUCUAAACGUGGUAGGCUGGUAUCAUUCACAUCCCACAUUUGAGCCACAUCCCAGUAUCAGAGACAUUGAGAAUCAGACAUCGUAUCAAACGCUAUUCAGAGAAGAAAAGACAGGCGAUGAGCCGUUUAUCGGCGUGAUUGUAACACCAUACGACCCUGAAAUUCAAAGCGAAAGUUCACAGAUCCAGUAUUUGCACAUCAGUAAGGAAUGGAACUCGUUACACUCAUUUCGUGUGCCAUUUGCAUGUCGUAGAACCGUGAUACAAAGCGAGCAGGUCUCUGUUGACAUUAUGGAUCAACUCUUAAGACUGAUACAAGAGUACAAGGAUUACGAGCACAAAGUGAACAUGAUGCUUCCGUUCGGCUCUCAGUCGAGAUUGGACAAAUUACUGGAUUCCUUGAGAGCGCACAUCUUUAUGAGUAAUGAGAAUGAAACCGAGUUUAUCCUCAAAGUCAAGGAGGCUGUGUACAAUGAUUUCAUUGAUCAAGCACACAAGCAAGAAGGGGCAAAUGGUGGUGACAAUAAAGAGGGUUAA